AUGGCAACUGCAUCUGUUGUAGUUGAAAAAAAACGAGAAAGUAUUGGCGAGACGAUUGAUUAUUCUGAAGCAAAUCACUCUGUGUAUCUACUGAAAGGACUGAAUGAAUUGAAGUCGCAGCAGUUGUUCACUGAUAUCACACUCGUUGUUGGGAGACACGAAUACCCAUGCCAUCGAGCUGUUCUGGCAUCUUGUAGUCCAUACUUUCGUGCUAUGUUCACCAAUGAUAUGAAAGAAAGAAAUGCAGAUAAAGUGCAGAUCAAGGAUGUUCAAGUUGAAGUGAUGAAUGUCAUCAUUCAGUUUAUCUACACUAGUAAAAUCACAAUCUCUCCUCACAAUGUGCAGGCAAUUUUUGAAGGAGCCAGUCUCUUACAGGUACAUUCUGUUCAAGACGUCUGCGCUCGGUACUUUGAACGUCUACUUUCACCUAACAACUGCUUAGGGAUACUGGAGUAUGCUGACACUCACAGCUGUGUGGAACUUCAGUCAAAAGCGCAGAAAAUGUUACUCGUGAAUUUUGUGGAUGUCUGUAAAAACGAAGAAUUUUUCCUAUUGUCUAAAGACAGACUAAUUGAAAUUCUAGCCACAAGUGAUUUGUAUAUUGAUCGUGAAGAGGUGGUUUGUGAUGCCAUCUGCUCCUGGGUGAACCAUGACCGUCCAGCAAGAGAAAGCUUUCUGCCAGAUUUGCUAGUACAUGUCAGGCUUCCAUUCCUCUCACCAACAUAUCUUGGCAAAGCAUCAAAUGAUCCAUUAUUGAAGCAUGAACACCUAGCAGUCGCAAAAGAUAAAAUGUUAGAGCGUACACGUACAUACUAUGCAAAGUCAAGAGACAUUGCAGUUACCAGUCUGUCUGCAACAAAACCUCGAAACUACACUCAAGUAUUGCUCACAAUUGGUGGACAGAAUGAAGAUCUGCAGGCAGUAAAUUGCAUUUAUUGUUAUGAUCCAGUCACUGAGAAUUGGAGUUACCUGUAUGAACUUCCUGAUGAACUCUUUGAUUGGGACCUUGCUGUGGCUUCUCUCGGAACUGACAUAUUUGUCGCUGGAAAACGCCCUCUUAUCAGUUCUCUUGAGCCGAACUUUCCUGCUUGGAUCUACAAAGGUGUGAAGCAGAGAUGGAUGAAAGUACUACCUCCACAAGGUCUGGAAACUGUAGAGUAUGCAUUGACAUCUGAUGAUUCUGGUAUUGUGUACGUCUUAGGUGGGUAUGAUUCUAACAUGCGCAACCAGUCAAAUGUGAGGCGUUACAUUGUUGCAACAAACACCUGGGAUGAAAUCGCUCCGAUGCCGAUGGCUGCGAGUAAUCUAUCUGCAACAAUCUGUGAAGGAAAGAUAUACACAAUUGGUGGUUACACUGGAACAGAUGACACCUCCGUCAUUCAAUGCUAUGAUCCAAAAAUCGAUAAAUGGAACUUCGUCAAACCUCUCCCGAUUACAGUACGUGAUGCAGUGGCAUUAACUAUGAAUAACUGUAUUUACUUGUUGACUGGUGUUGCGAAAAGUAUUGUAUAUCGCUAUGACCCAUGCAUUGAUAAAUGGUCUCAACUUAAUGGUAUGGCAAAAGAGGUAUUUAUGUAUGGUGCGACUGUAUGUAACAACAGUAUACUGGCUGUAGGGGGGUAUUCAGGUGAUUACUUCGAUAUUGAGGUCAACAAAACCAUACAGAAAUAUGAUACAGAUGAAGACUGCUGGGACGUAUCUGAAACUAUGCCCCAUGGACUGCACAGUUUAAGAUGCACCACCAUGUACAGGUAUGCAGCAUUAGGAACAUGA